CAGCUAAUUCCUCCGACCGUGACCUGCCUCGUCGCUCCCUCCUACGCCGUCUUUCUCCUAGAACUAGCCGCUUCGCCUCCCCCCUUUUGUCAUAAUGACUACAAAGCGACCUACCAUGACCCUGGGCACUGUCCUGGUAGUUGGAGGGUGCGGCUUUCUAGGCUCUCACAUCGUCGAUCAGCUAUUGAAUUUCCCAACUGAGACCGACCCCAGCGCUUCCCUCCCCAAACCCCAGGGGGAUAAAAGAUUCGACUACCCCAAACUCGGAGACCGUUACCCAGUAUGCAUUGCCAAAGUCGCUGUGGCUGACCUGCGGACUACAAACAACCGGUUACCUGGGGCGGACUACUACGAGGGCGACCUGACGUCCGCUGAAUCGAUGCUGUCCGUCUUUCGCAAGGUCAAACCGGACGUGGUCAUUCAUACCGCGAGUGCAAUGUUGACAGAUAAAAAUUUGCUGUACCAGCUCAACGUCGAAGGGACAAAGACCUUGCUCGAAGUUGCGGGUGGUGCCCGGGGAGAUUGGGGAGGCAAGUGCAAGGCAUUCGUCUAUACGAGCUCAGCCUCGGUUAUCCACGACACACAGAGCGACCUACUUAAUGUGAACGAGGACUGGCCUCUCAUCAGGGGAAAGCUGCAGCAGGAGUACUAUUCCGAUACCAAGGCUGAAGCCGAAGAAGCCGUCCUGAAAUACAACCGCAAAUCCCCAUCCUCAAUGCUAACCUGCGCGCUCCGCCCGUCCGGCAUUUACGGCGAAAAGGACGGCCAACUGAUUAUUAAAAUGCUCAGCCAUGGCGUUAACGCCUCGCCCACUGUCCGGAAAAUGCAGCUCGGCGAGAACAACAAUCUUUUCGAUUUCACAUACGUCGGAAACGUCGCGUACUCACAUCUCCUUGCGGCUUUCCGCCUCCUAGCCAUUUACAAACGCGUCGAAUCAGGCCAGGGUGACCUCCUCGACUACGAACGCGUCGACGGUGAGGCCUUCCUCAUCACAAACGACCAACCCGUCUACUUCUGGGACUUUACGCAUGCUGCCUGGGCGCUUGCGGAUAAGGUCGUCGAACCGCAUCAAACCUGGCAGCUUCCUGAGUGGCUGCUCGGUCCUAUUGGAGGUCUUGCCGAGGCCGUUCUGGGACUCGUGGGGAAAACGCCAAAUCUCACGCGGCGGGCGGUGCGUUACUCCUGUAUGACGAGGUACUACUCCUGUGACAAGGCUAAGGAUCGCCUUGGGUACACGCCUAUUGUCCCCCUUGAUGAGGGUCUUGCCCGUGCUGUGGGGUAUUUCCUCGAGCGCUGGCGUCUGGAGGGUGAAAAGAAAGGGCAGUGAUUCUUGUUGCAAACUGACGUUCGUUAUCUCUUAUUGUAAUAUAUCCAUACUCGAGGCUACGACAUACCUGUCUGAGAAUCUUUUUUACGUAUAUACCUCC